AUGAAUCAAACAGGAACCUCUGACAACCUGUCCCUUGAUGUGCCUAGAGCUUCUCAUGUUAGGAGAAAGAGAGGUCUUUCUUUGAGAUCGCAGCUAUUCAACAAAACAUUGAUACAAAGCCAAACACCUAAUCAACCAAACCAAGCUUCAAGUUUGAAUCCGUUUGCAAGGAAUAAUGACACACAAGCUCAAAAUAUAGAUCAGCAACAAAUACUGAAUGAAUGGGAGGGUGAUUCUCGACAGCCUAAUUUAAUGGUGGGUAAUUCUGGUAUUAUACCACCUCAGAUCAAUAUUGAUGAACCUGCGGAAGAUAACGAUUUAAAGAAUAACACUCCCUAUUCUAUUCGGCAGCUUCAGUUAAGUAAUUCAACGGUACAACUUACUAUAAACUCCUCGAGAUCUGACGAAGGUCGCAGGUUGCUCCAUGAGAAGAGGAAACAAGCAAGACGUAACAGGGUUAUAAAGCUUAUGGUCAGAUUGAAAAACAGGCUAUUGGGCAUUGAUAACUUAAAGCCGACAGGUUAUGGGAGGCUUAUACCUUUAAGUGUAAACCGUUGCAACUUGAAUAGCGACUUUCAAGAUGAAUUUUAUGAUGGCCAUCACAAAUCUUUGAUUGAUGAGAGAAAUGGUGAGCCAUAUUGUAAUAAUGUGGUGACGUCGUCUAAGUAUAAUGCAUUUACUUUCUUACCAAAACAAUUGAAAGCACAAUUUUCAAAAAUUGCUAAUUGUUAUUUUAUGGUAGUGGCAAUCAUGCAAAUGAUUCCAACAUGGUCUACUACUGGUCAAUAUACUACGAUAGUACCUCUAUUGAUCUUUAUGUCGAUUUCGAUUGCAAGAGAAGGGUAUGAUGAUUGGAAGAGACACCUCAACGAUAAGGAGGAAAAUAAUAAGAGAACGACUGUCGUUAGAGAAGAUGAAGAUUUAAGUAAUUUUGAUACCCAUUCCAUAGCAACCAUUAUGACAGAAACUUUGCCAGUAAGUAACCCCGAGGGCAAUAACAUUUUUUUGUCUUCCAGUUCCUCUGCUUCAGAUUCAGAUUUGACCCCGCUGUAUACAAAUGUUGAUUUAUUAAAGAAAUAUAACUUGAAAGAGCACACAACCAGAUGGAAGAACGUUAAAGUAGGAGACAUUCUUAAAAUCAAGGAAAAUGAAUGGUUUCCUGCGGAUGUAAUUCUUUUAGCAACAAGCGAAGAGAUACAAGAAGCAUAUGUUGAAACUAUGGCAUUGGACGGUGAAACCAACUUGAAAUCUAAAAGACCGCAUUACGAAUUAUCGAAGAUAAUCUCGAAAGUCCCUGGAUUAAAAAGCGCCAGAGCAUUAUUUACUGUUGAAGAUCCUAACACUGAUUUAUACAAUUUCGAAGGACAGUUUACUUUGAAUGAAGAGAAUUUUGCAUUGGGACCUGAUAAUAUUGUCUACAGAGGAAGCAUUUUAAGAAAUACCAAAUCAGUGCUAGGAAUUGUAACAUUCACAGGCGAAGAGACAAAAAUAAGAAUGAAUAACAUUAAAAAUCCAAGAACAAAAGCCCCUAAAUUGCAAAAGAAUAUUAAUUAUAUCGUGAUCUUUAUGGUUUGCGUAGUAGUAUUGUUAUCAGCAUUUUCAACUAUGGCUCAAAGAUUAUUAUACAAAGAGAACAAACAUAAAGCAUGGUAUUUAUAUGGGCAAGAUGCUGGAGUUGCGCCAACAUUAAUGGGCUUUAUUAUUAUGUAUAAUACUUUGAUUCCUUUGUCUCUUUACGUUACGAUGGAAAUAAUUAAAGUAAUGCAAUUAUGUUUGGUUCAAUAUGAUAUCGAUAUGUAUCAUGUUGAAAGCAAUACUCCGGCCGAUGCCAAAACGGCUACAAUUCUAGAAGAACUAGGGCAAGUAAGUUAUAUUUUUAGUGACAAGACGGGAACUUUGACAGAUAAUAUUAUGAUUUUUAGGAAAUUUAGUGUGUGUGGUGUAAGCUGGUUGCAUGACUUAGAUGUUAAAGCUGGAAUCACAGGUGAUGACAGCCAAACCAAAGGAAACGAAACUCAUGCGUUACAUUCGCCUACAAAGACAAGUUUCCAAACAACUAUUAGGGAUACUUCGCAUACAAAUAGGAAGCCUAGUUUUCAAUCGGCAUUGGAAUAUCAGCCAAGAAGAAGUACCACAUCAAUAGCUCGUGAUAGUCUAGAUAUGAAGUCGUUUGAGUCAAAUUGGAGAUCAUCAGCAUUUCCAGCUAAAUCUCAAAAUUUACAAAAUUCAUUAGCCUUGCUAAGAUAUAUUCAAUCUCGCCCACAGACGAUAUUUGCUAAAAAGGCAAAAUUUUUCUUAUUAAGUAUCGCAUUGUGUAACACAUGUUUGCCGAAACGAAAAGAUACGAACAGAAAAAGCGAGGACUCAAACGAUAAUUUCUUAGAAGAUGAAAAUAUUAAAGAUGAGGAUCUUGAAUAUCAAGCCUCUUCACCCGAUGAAUUGGCUUUGGUACAGGCUGCUAGAGACUUAGGGUUCGUCGUGUUUAAUAGACUGCAUAGUCAAUUGAUCAUCAAAUUAUACCCAAACGGAUUCGAAGCAGAUCCAGUAAUAGAAACAUAUGAAGUCCUUGACGUAAUUGAAUUUUCCUCUGCUAGGAAGAGAAUGUCUGUUGUUGUUAAAUUCCCUGAUGGAAGAAUCUGUAUUAUUUGUAAAGGGGCUGAUAAUAUAAUCUUGGAAAAAUUAAGAAACUCUGAGCUAGCAAAACUGAAAGCGAAGGAAAUUUCUCUUAAUUCUGCUGAUCGUAAAACACAAGAAGCAGACGCUGUAUUACAAACGAAAUUCUCCAAUGAAAUUGAGUCGAGGAACUCAAUAUCCUCGUUAAAGAGAAGCUUGCAUAUGCGAACCAAUACAGAACCUAAUGCACUAGCUUCAAUUGAUAAUUAUUUGGCCAAUAAUGAAGAAUGUGAAAUUGAUGAUAUCGCAUCUAAAUCUAGGAAAUCCUUACAUGAGCACCAAGCAAAGAAAUAUAGUAUCGAUGUUACAAGCCAUGGUGAUACAGAUAUAUCACACACAAGAAAAGUUAAAGACUUCAAGCAAUUUAUUCCUAACGAUAAAUUGCUUGUCAACGAUGAAUUUAUUUUUGAGAAAACUUUAGAACAUAUAGAAGAAUUCUCAACCGAAGGACUUAGAACAUUAUUAUAUGCCUUUAGAUGGUUGGAUAUGAGAGAGUAUGAAGACUGGUCCAAUGAAUAUAGCGAGGCAAAGACAGCACUCUCUGACAGGGCCGGCAGAGUAGAAGAUGUGGGAGGUCGUAUUGAGAACAACUUUGAAUUGUGUGGUGCAACAGCUAUUGAAGAUAAAUUACAGAAUGGUGUUAGUGAGGCUAUUGACAAGCUUCGAAGAGCGGGAAUUAAAAUGUGGAUGCUUACUGGAGAUAAAAGAGAGACCGCCAUUAACAUUGGUUACUCUUGUAGACUAAUCAAGGAUUAUUCUACGGUUGUUAUUUUGAGUUCAGAAAUAGGGAGAGAGUCAUUGUCUCAGCUAGUUAGUUCAACAAUCCAUGAUAUACAAGGAGGGAGAAUAGCACAUUGUGUUGCAGUCGUUGAUGGUGCUACUUUAGCUGAUAUUGAAAAUGAUACGAAUUUAAUGACGACUUUUAUUGAUUUAUGUGUGCAAACUGAUUCAACUAUCUGUUGUCGUGCUUCACCUUCGCAGAAGGCAAGUAUGGUGAGUGCUAUUCGUAAUUUGAAAAAAGAUGCUGUAACUUUGGCUAUAGGAGAUGGUGCAAAUGACAUAGCCAUGAUUCAAAGUGCAGACAUUGGUGUGGGAAUUACUGGAAAGGAAGGAUUACAAGCUGCAAGGUCAGCCGAUUAUGCAAUUGCCCAAUUUAGGUUUUUGUUAAAAUUACUUUUAGUAAACGGCAGGUAUAACUAUGUUAGGACUGCAAAGUUUGUUUUAUGCACUUUUUAUAAGGAGUUGUUUUUUUACCUAACCCAAGCAAUUUAUCAAAGGAAUACCCUAUUUUCAGGAUCAUCCAUGUAUGAAAGCUGGUCCUUAUCAAUGUUCAAUACCUUGUUUACUUCUCUUCCAGUUUUAUGUGUUGGUAUGUUCGACAAAGAUUUGAAACCUGCAACCUUGUUAGCAGUUCCCGAACUUUAUGCAAAGGGAAGGUUGUAUCAAGCAUUCAACUUAAAAGUUUUUAUUUCAUGGAUGGCUUUAGCAACUUUGCAGAGUGUUGGUGUUUCAUUCUUAGCAUAUUAUGUCUGGGGGUUUACUGCCCUUCAAGAUAACACCACUUUUCCGUUAGGGAAUUUAGUUUUCAGUGCAUUGAUAAUUGUUAUCAAUGCAAAGUGUGAAUUGAUAGAAAUGCAGAAUAGACAAUGGUUGGCAUUUGCAGCGUUUAUCAUUUCUGUUGGUGGAUAUGGUCUCUGGAAUGUAUUGAUUAUGGCGUUAUACCGAACAAAAGAUUCAACAAUAUACUUUGUUGCCUACGGUCUCACGACUUUUGGAAGGGACCAAUCAUGGUGGGCUUCUUUACUACUUUUGGCCAUUAUUCCUAUACUUUUAGAUACCCUAUUUAAAGUUUUUAAGUUUAUUUUCAAUCCUAGUGAUGACGAACUAUUCAAAAUGUUUGAAAAGGAUAUUGAAAUGAGACGAUUUUUUGAGGAAGAAUCUUACGAGGAAUUACAGCAAGGAUGGACAUUCGUAAAGGAAGAAUCAAUAUGGAAGAGACGUGCAAUUCUUAUCUGGAAGGCAAUUAUUCGGAGAUUCAGAUCGCCAGACCAAAUGUUUAAUACAGGAGAAAUUGAAUUAGAAAAUAUGCCAGUUCAUAGAAAAAGAGCCGGAACCGAUCCAAACCCGACAGAACUUCCACCUGGUAGCGAGGGGACGGUUAUUUAUAGCGGUGAUACUCAAUAUCACGAGUCAUCAACAUUCGAUAUUUUGCCUAGUGGUAAGAGGGUGAAAACCAAUAAAGAGGGUGUCUGGAAUAAAUUGGGUUCAAAAUUGGUAUCCAAAAAAAAUUCGAACAAUGAAAGUGGCAUGGCAGAUGAAGAAGUCGACGCUAUUAUCGAGCAGAGGUUAAAUGGGUUAAGAAACGAAGAAAGAAUUUCUAACUGA